GCUUUGGAUUUGCUGAGUGGCGCGCGUCAAGACCCUGUUCAGCACGUCGAAAACGCGGCAGGGGACGCGGAUCGUAACACGUCACGCAAUCGCGAUUUCCCCCCCGGAUUUCAGGGCGAGCGGCGUAACGAGCAGAACCGCGUCGACACGAACCCGAUUGCCGAAAACGCCCCCUCCCGGCCCCCACCUACCGAACGCAAUCAUGACGGUCCUGCGCGUGAGGACCACAAUCAUGAUCGUGAUCCUGCGCGCGCAGGGCGUCAUCAUGAGCGCGAUCUCAACGCCCCAGCGCCCCAGAUUCGCCAGGAUCGCGAGGAUCGGGACCGGGAUCGCGCAGAUCGCCGCACAGAUUUUCCUCCUGCCGCAGUGAAUCCGCGCGGGAUUCCGCAGAUCUCGACCCCUGGA